GAGAGAAGAGAUCCAAAGAGGUGUUUAGAUCAUUUCUCUCUGUUAUCCACCAGAUUAGAGCUGAUAUCCCACCGGGUUGUCUCUCUGCGUCUCUUCCAGUGUGCCAUCAUGAGUUCUUGACGCCUGUCCCUUCAUUCAUCAAGAUGAGUGGCGCUGCGUUGGCUGUCGUGGUGGUAGUUGUUUUCCUCUUGGCCCUCUACCUCCUCCAGCGCUAUGGAGAUUUGCGGAGGCAGCAGCGGAUGGUCCUCUUGGGAACGCUGCUGUCCUGGUACCUCUGCUUCCUCAUCGUCUUCAUCCUGCCGCUCGACGUCAGCACGACCAUCUACAAGCAGUGUGUCCUUGACAAUGGAAACCACCCGACGCCUGUAACUCGAACGAGACGCACCAAUCAGACAGACGACAACUCUUCUGUUCACCCAACUGUCAGUACAACACAGGUUUGUGAGGAGCCAUGGAGUUAUAUACCCGAUGGCAUCCUGCCAGUGUUCUGGAGAGUUGUAUACUGGACAUCCCAGUUUCUGACUUGGCUGCUGUUGCCUUUCAUGCAGUCUUAUGCACGGUCGGGAGCUUUCUCCAGAGUUGGAAAGAUUAAAACGGCUCUCAUUGAAAACGCUAUCUAUUAUGGCACCUACCUCCUAAUUUUCAUCUCUCUGCUCGUCUAUGUGGCCGCUCACCCACAGUGGAAACUCACAUGGAGAGAGCUCCAGACCAUCGGCAUUACGGCCGCCAACACCUGGGGCCUCUUCCUUCUCGUGCUCCUGCUGGGUUAUGGGCUGGUGGAGAUCCCGCGUUCUUAUUGGCUCUCAUCUUCCCAUGGUUACCUGCUGGCCAAGACCUACUUUAAGACAGCAAAAAUGGCUACUGAGAAGGUGUCGGCGGAGGAGAACCUUGCAGAUGUUAUGGAGGAGGUGGCAUGCGCCCAUGAAUCUGUCAGGUACAACCACUUUCUCAGGAAGUGUGUGGACACUAUAAUUACAAAGUGUCCCACUGAGUACAAAGAAGAGAUGGAAAAAACGUUGGAAAGCUCGAGUGGUGAGCAGAAUGCCCUUCCCACAAAAAGAGACCUGAUUAAGCUGCAUAAAAAAGUAAUAACUUUUUUGAACAUUGCACUCUGGUCAUCUCGGGUGCAGAGACACGGUCAGACUCAGGUUCAGUGGUCUAUCUUGUUAGAUGAGGCCGUUCAUCUGGAAGACGUAGCUAAAAGCCAGAGCAGCCCGGUCCGACACUUCAUCCGCAGCGCCCCGUCAGCGCCCCUCGGGUGGAUCCAUCAGUUCGUCUACACUCCAACUGUGGAGUGGUACUGGGAGUGUGUGUUCAGGCAGAGUUUCUACCGGCUGCUGGCAGUUCUCCUGUGUCUCCUCUCGGCAGCAGUUGUUUGGUCCGAGUGCACUUUCUUCACGACGCACCCGGUCCUCUCCCUAUUCGCUGUCUUUGUUCUGAUGGCUGAAAAACAACACAACUACAUUUGUAUCGAGAUGGUGUGCUUCGUCAGUAUCCUCUUCCUGUGUGUCUGUGUCUACUACACAGUGUUCAGGAUACGAGUCUUCAACUACUACUACCUGGUCCCACAUCACCAGACUGAUGCUUACAGCCUGCAGUUCAGCGGCAUGUUGUUUUGUCGUCUGACUCCUCCUUUAUGCCUUAACUUCCUGGGCCUGAUUCACAUGGACUCUGCCAUCUCACACCAGGACAGAAUACAGACAUCCUACACCUCUAUCAUGGGCUCUAUGCGGGUGCUAUAUUUUAUAUCUGAUGGCUUCUAUAUCUACUAUCCCAUGCUGGUGUUGCUGCUCUGCUUUGCCACUUUUUACAGCCUGGGCUCUCGCUGUUUGAACCUCCUAGGCUUCCAUCAGUACAUCACUGACGACCACUUGACCUCUGACCUGGUGGAUGAAGGCAGGGAACACAUCAAAAGAGAAAGAAGAAAAAGACAGAAGACUGAGGAUGGAGAAAAUCGAAGAUGGGCCUGGAGAGAGCGGUAUGGAGUCCAGGGAGCUACUGGGAGAUCCAGAGCUGGUUACUCUCAGUUGAAGGAUGAUCAGGGCCGUCCUGUCACAGAGAAAAACAAUAGUGUUAUCACAUUUACCAGAAGAGAUGAGGAGGAUGAAGACGAGCAGAGGAGAGGCCUACUGCGAGAUCAUUCAAGUGAUGAAGGCUCACCAAACAAAAUAUCCACAGGAGGACGUUACCUUUCUCUGUCACCUUCUCGGACAGGCAUCUUUGACGAUGUUUGAUACACUGGACGCAUGGAAAGAGAGCAUUGGUACGAGCUGGAAUUGAAAAAAAGACAAACAAAUGCACGUCUUCUUCAAGAAACUGAAUGCCAAGGAUUAUAAAGUAUUUUGGGAACUCGAGAGGAAGAUACACUCGGUUACAAUCAUGAUUCACUGAAAGAGAGCACUGACUGUGAUUAACCUGUUUGUUCAGAGCCAAACCCUUUUGAAUGUAUUUUUUGUGAAGCAGUGUGUUUAACAAGUGUAGAUUGAUGGAUAAAAGAGAUGAAUGGCACAGUUACACACCUGCAGUCCUUUAGGAUAAGCCACAUGAUGCAUGUGGAAAUGUAUUGUUGUUUGAGUAUUCACCUCACAGGUUCAUACAUUAUAAUUGAUAAGAAAACAGGUUAUUGUGCCAACUGUAAAUACAAAACGAAAUCAACAACAACAUAUAUACUCAAAGGGAGUAUAUCAACAGCCUGAACGAUUUCCUGUUGACUAUUGUGGGUUUGGGAAGACAUGACUUGUUUGUAUGUGUUGUAGUCUAUAGUAAAUUAAUUUCUCUAAACGUUUGUAUGUUUUGUAUUUAUGCCUCCACCCAGAUGAUGCAUUAAACAUAACACUUUUACCAA